AUGGCUGAUAUGCUUGAGUUCUUUAUUCCCGCACAUGCUCGUGAUUUGGAGAAUCUAGAGAAAACCGGACCAAAUCAGUAUCACAUCAGCGAGCCAUGUGAAUUCGAGGUACAUCCUAGGCAACAGCUCGAUGACCUUACUCGUUUUUUUGAUAGUCUUCAUAGAGAAAAAUCCCCCACGGCUCUGUUUUCUAAACCAGAGCUGUUCACAAUUCUUUUUGCAUACGUAAAAGCAAUUGAAUCAGUUGAGGCCAACCAGUUCGUUGUAAAGCAGGCAAGACACAAGAUUUGUCACGAGGUCUCUGAGCGGCUAAAAAAACUUUUACAGGUUUGUGCCACGUACCUAAGAAAGAAGGCUGAUGGUGGUGCUAACGAUGCCCUGCUCUUAUGUUUGCGCUCCACUGUGAAAAUGUAUGUGUUUGUGUUGUGUAAUGUGUUAUUGUCUUCUGCACCAACAUUGGAUUACGAUGAAAAUCUGGCAUCUCAAUCUCAACGAAGUGCACGAAGACGAAAACGGGCAAGAAGUGAACAGGAGGCUGGCAUAGGGGAGGAUCUCAGCGGUGUAGACCAAGAUGGGCGUGAGCUUGCCUUGACUGUAUUAAUAGAUGUCUGCUCGCCUGAUCUGGAAACGCUCUGGUGUGGAAGUAUCGAAGAUUCGAUGCUGAAUCUCAUGCUUCGGAUGUUGCUUCAUAUGAUUGGCCAGAAAGCGAACGUACAAAAUGAUGCUCAGUCCGUAUCUGGUGCGCUUGCAAUUCUUCUUUUAAGAGUCUCUGGCCAUAUCAUGUCCAAGAGGUCAGUUGAGGCAUGCGACUUUGUUUCCCCACUGAUUGAACUGGCCUUAAAAGCUGAACCUGCCGCCCAGUUCCUCAUUCGCUUUGUUUCAGAGGCGGAAAGUGGUGAUGUUUCAGGUGUUGCUGCCAGUAAUAUUAUCACAGCACUCAUUGAAGGCAUGGCUGCUGCCUCUCUACACGACGUUUCAGGAGAUGCGGCUGCUGCAAAAAACACAGGACUGUUUUUCAGUGAGGUUGCACGAAAGUGUGUUAGUGUUACCGCUCGAAUGGCGGAUGUGAUUGUUCAAACUAUUCACAGUGAGAGCUACGAGGUGCGCAAAUCAGUGGUAACCUGCAUCACCGAGAUGGUCAUUCAAAGAUAUUCUGGGCCUACCCGUGGCACAGAGUAUGAAGAAGAAACGAGAGACAAAUACCUGAGUUGUAUUAUUUUUCGUAUAAUGGAUUGCAAUCCAUUUGUUCGCAAUCACGCGGUACAUAUGUGGGAGAAACUGGUAGAAUCCCGAGCAGUUCCCAAGCGUUUUCAUCUCGCUGUCACGGGUGCAAUUGUUGGUAGACUUGAGGAUCGGAAUUAUCUCGUUAGGGAUUCAGCUCUUCAAGCCAUUGCAUCUAUUCUUCGAAAGAACUGGUUUGGUCAUGUCUUGAGUUCUUCUUUGGUGAGAGAAAAGCUGAGCGAGGCGAGUGCCGCAGCUAUGAAACAUUUCGAUUCUGAGGAAAUGUAUAGGACCAGCUUAGAAGAGGUAAGGAACGCGUGCCGUCCUGCUGAAACACAAGCAACUGAGUUGCUUCGAGAGGAUAAUGAAAAUACCACAGUAGGUGUCACUUUGUCGGAAGAGCAGAAUUCUGUAUUAAACCGAGUGGUUUUUUAUGAAAAGGCAUUGGAGUUUGCCCAGCUGAUGAAUAAAGCCUUAACACACGCAACCGUUUUGUUAGAUAGUCGUACUGAGCGUGAUGCGAUUGAGGCCAUAAAACUGGUUGUCGCAUGCAACGAGUAUCGCGUUGAGGGCGCCGAAAAGGCAUUUCUCCGGGUUUUGGUUAUGGUUUAUGAAGGAGAAGUCAAAAUUCAGUGGGCAGUACGCGACGCAUUUGUGGAGGUUGUUUUUGCUGCCUUUGCAAGAUCAUCAUCAUCUGCCUUGAUGAGGAACACGGCGAGUGCUCAGAAGUUGAUCAGCUUUUUAAAAGGGGCGACAGAGGGCGAUAUUAGCGCUGUUGAUCGUAUUUUUGGCUUGAUAAAGUCAAAUCCUUCCUUGUCGCGGCUUGUGUCAGGGCAUUUUAUGGAUGCUCUUUGGGGAAUUGCUGAAGGGACGCUUGAUCCUAAUGCUUCAAUCACUGAUAGACGUACUGCCCUGCGCCUUUUCGCCCUUCUUUGUAAACACGAUUGGCGGGAGCUUCGUGGAAGGAGAGAGAGUGUUGUGGAUUUUCUACGCUCAGAUAUUGCAAGGGACAAUGUUCUUCUUGCGUAUUGUUUGAAGAGCAUUGAGUGUGAGUGUCAAGAUCCUCAGUAUCAGCCGAUACCAGCGAGGCUUCCACCAAGUGACCACGUUGUACUAGAGCGACUUGUGUUUCAUUUGUGUAGACGUACGACUACAUUGGCCUCAUGGUUAAUUCUUGCAGACGCCGCUGUCAAUGCGGUACAUUCAUUAUGUGAAGCCCCUGCUCUAAUAUACACGUAUGCAUUGGAUUUCAUAGCGCGAAGAGUCGAGACGGAUCCUAGUGCUUUGUCACAAUUAUUCUUUCUUUUGGGACGUACUGCACUAAAACAACUUGUUGCAGUAGAUUCUGCGGAACGUCAACAACUCAAGAGACUUGAUGCAGAAGCAACACCCAAUAACUCAGUCAAUGGCUUUGGUAAUAAUCCUGGUGCAGAUGCCAUGCACAAGGAGCUCGGGCUUGGAUCUCAUGAAUACAGAAGACAUGCAAUUCAAGAGUUAGCUCAACGACGUAAACAAGCUAUAAUGACAGAGGGAUCUGCGUGGUAUCGUUUUUCCAAGGAUGCCGUUAUGGUUUGCCAAGAAAAAGCAGAACACUUUGCAGAUCGGGUGUUAGAAAGAGUAUGUGCUGUUAUGGCGCUUUCUGAGCUCAUGGUUGUAAGUGACUCUUUCUGUGAACAGAACCUGGAUAUCCUUUUUACUAUUGUCUCUGACAAGCGCGAGUCCUGGGUGGUGAAGACGAAUACCGUUAUUGCGUUGGGUGACCUGGCCUGUGUACACCCAAAUCUCCUUGGCCCGUAUCUAAAAGUGCCAACAACAGGUUUUUUCAAGCUUCUUAACGAUGAUGAUUUGAGGGUUCGUGCUGUGACGAUUCAAGUGUGUUCACACCUUGUUCUCGGAGAAAUGCUCCGUAUCAGAGAUCACUUAUAUACCAUAGUAAAGCUAGUCGCAGAUCCUGAUGAGACGAUCGCUAACAAUGCUCUAACGUUUGUUCGGAACUUGGCACUAAAGGAAAAGGAGAAGACAGGCAAUUUGAUUCCUCCAUUGGUCGCCCAAUUGAGUCACUCCAUACCCUCAGACAAGUUUCAACUGGCCAUGCGGUCGCUGCUUGAGCGUGUGGAAGGUGAUAAGCCAACUGAAUCCCUUAUUGAGCGUCUUUGUCAACGUUUUGAUUCCUAUUCUGAGCGUGGUAAAAAAAAGCGCCAAAUGGCGCGAAAUUUGGCAUUUUGUCUUCUUGAGCUUAGCUACUCAACCGAGAGAUCAAUCAAGAAAAUUACCUCUGAGACAUGUUAUCAGCAGUACAAGCAGUGGCUAAGAGAUGAAGUUGUUUUUGAUUAUUUAAAGAACAUAGCUGCAAAGGCCAAAAAGGCUGGGCAGCGUGCUGGGAGCGAGCGACGCGACAAAGCUGCAAUUGAAGAGUGGGAAGCGCGAAUGCAAGCUGACUCUUGUUCUGUAGAGGUAGGGGGAGAAGAUGAUGAUGCGCGCUCCGUUGCUUCUAAUGGGGGCCGAGGGGAGGCCGAACCCACGCCGCGAAGCAGUGGGGAUGCUUCCGCAGGGCGGCACUCUGCUGCUGAUCAAAGUCAGCCAGGAGACAUGUCUGGCAGAGCCUGCAAGCGUCGCCAGCAAGUGGUGGAGACCGAAUAG